GUUGAGUUUAAUCAAUUCAUAACGUCGAGAUGGAGCCGAACUCACUGAAGUGGGUGGGCUCGACUUGCGGUUUACAUGGACCAUAUAUAUUCUAUAAAGCCUUUAAAUUUAACCGGGACGGCAAACCGAGGCUUCUGUCUCUCGGAGACUUUUUCUUCGUCAGAUGUAAACCGGAGGAUCCUAUUUGCAUAGCGGAGCUUCAGCUGCUCUGGGAAGAAAGAACAAGCAAGCAACUUUUAUCAAGCUCCAAACUUUAUUUUCUACCCGAGGAUACUCCCCAGGGACGGACAGUCACCCAUGGAGAGCACGAGGUAAUUGCAGUGUCUGAGAAGGUGAUUGUGCGGCUGGAGGACUUGGUGAAGUGGACGGUACCAGACUUCUCAGGAUGGACCCACUGUCUGAAGGCCGAGCCUCUCAAACCCUCUGUGCUCCGGGAGCUGGGGACCAAUGGGAGGCGGGAGGCCCUCCACCGCUACCGGGAGAGCACCCUGACCAGUGGACUCAACUUCAAGGAUGUCCAGAGGGAGAGGGCACAGCUAGGCCAGGAGGAGGAUGGGCGUAAAGUUUUGGUCCUCAGUUACCCCCAGUAUUGCCGUUUCCGGUCAGUUUUGGCACGGCUGAGAGAGCAGCCGUCCUCUCUGCUCAUAGACCACACGGUGCUAGCGCUGGGCGGCAUCGCUGCGUUGGGCGGUAGCACGAGGAUCCUGUACUGCCGUGACACCUUUGAAAAUCCUGCCCUGCUGCAGAACGAGAGCAUCUGUGACCAGUUUGCUCCUAACCUGAAGGGGCGACCUCGGAAGAAGAAGCUGUCCAUCUCUCAGAGGAAGGACUCUCAGAGUCAGGCUCAGGGUCAAGGGUCAUUGGGGUCAAACCAGGGGUCAACAGCAGUAGCAGCACAGGACCCCUGCAGCCCAGACAGCAAAACUACCACCAAGGUCAAACACAACUGUAAAACGGUACCCAAUGGAAAAAUAACUCCGGCAGCCAAACACAAGGCCAACGGCCUCAGCAAGAAAUCCUCAGCUGAGGAGAAGGAGAGAGGGAAGGAUAGGGAAAAGGAAAAGGAGGAGGGGAACGAGGCGGAGAAGAACGAGGAGGAAACAUCAGAGGAGAGCCGAGCGGAGGAGCAAGCUUUCUUAGUAGAGCUCUACAAGUACAUGAAAGAAAGAGACACGCCCAUAGAGAGGAUCCCCUUCCUCGGCUUCAAACAGAUCAACCUUUGGACUAUGUUUCAAGCUGCUCAAAAACUAGGAGGAUAUGAGUUGAUCACAGUCCGCAGACAGUGGAAGCAUGUAUAUGAUGAAUUAGGUGGGAACCCCAGCAGCACAAGUGCCGCCACGUGUACACGGAGACACUACGAGAGGCUCCUCCUUCCCUAUGAGAGGCAUGUUAAAGGCGAGCAUGACAAACCCCUCCCCUUGACCAAACCCAAGAAGCAGGAGGGCAGCCAAGAGAAGGCUUCAGGAGCCAAAGCCAAAGGAGUCGGGGCCAAGAAAUUCAAAGGCCCCAACAAUCCCAAGCUGGGGAGUAAAAAGGACAGAGAGGAGACGGUGAAAGGCCAAGAACAAUCACAGGACUCCGAUGGGAAAGAGGAGAAUCAUGAGCUGUCCACAGCCAUUAAACAGGAGGUAUCUCUGAGAGAUGAACCCAUUGUAAUAGAGGAGGAAGAGUUACAUCUUACCCUAAAGAAAGAGGAGUCCUUGGCAGUGGAGCAGCCAUCUUUGCUCUGCCCCAAAGAGCCAGACUGCAGAGCCCCACAUGCUGGUCUACCCCUCUACACAGGGCCCGGUCCCCAGCCUGAAUGGAGGCAAAUCAGCGAGGCCCUCCAAGCAAAACUCUCCUCUGAACAGCAAACUGAAGGGCAUUUCAUUCCUAAAAACCCCUUCCUGCCUUACCGUUGGGAUCAGAACAAAUCUGCUGGACAUGUUGCUCUGCCCGAGCCCUCCUCCAGGGUCAAAGACUCCAUAGAAGGUCAUGGUGGGAGAGUGGGGAAAGUCUUACCAAUGUGUAAGCAGGCAGACAUGCAGUGUAUAGACUUGAGCACAGAAUCCUUCACAGAGAAAGAAGACUAUGGGAUCAUUAAGAAGGAGUCCAUUCAGGGCCCCACGCAGACGGCUGCCUACUGCAAAGCCAGCCAGGGGGUCAUGUCUCCUUUAGCCAAAAAGAAGCUCCUCUCUCAAGUGUGUGAAUCCAACCCUUUCUCCUUUACUUCUCCUUCUCUUCAGCCUCCACCUCCCACAGCGACUUCCUCUCUCCCUGUCAUAGCAGUGGCUGACAGGGAGAAGGAGAAGAGAAAGGGUGAGGAGGAGGUGGUAGGACAGGGGCACGAGUGUGUGUCAGACAACAUCCCAGAGGUAGCGCCCAUAUUCAGGCCAUCAGUCAUCCAGCAUGCCCAGAGCAGCAAACCUCACCAACAAACCGCCAGUGGCCCAUCAGAGAGGAGCGCUGCUGGGGAGCUCUCAGAGACUUACCGCUGCCGGACGAGCCAUCACCUCCAGCCUCAAGUCAAUCCACCGUGGCAGCCCUAUCUCCCCCGAACCCUUGCCCAGGAUGGUGCGGAAAAAGGCGGGGAGACGCUACUCCAGGGCCCAGCUGCUCAGACCCGGAGCUACACAGGUGACUGCUACUCCUCCCCUCACCUCCACAGUCUGUACAGGCAAACUGAGAACUGCCUGAGCCAGGAGAGGAUGGUCGGCUUCCCUAACGGAGAUCAAAGAGAGCGCUACACAAGGGACCAUGAAGGCAGCCAUGGCUUUGUCUGUAGCGGCCUGGAACAGGAGGGCUUGGCCUACAGAUCUCACUACAGUGACAGGACUCAAAUACACCGAGAGAGGAGAGAGGCAGACGAUGAGCCCAGGGACUUUACAAUCUCUAAACCUCUCUCUCAGAGGGUCUCCUCCUUCUCCAAGCCCUCUUUCUGCAGUCUCCCAUAUCCCAUCAUGCACCAGGGUUUGGAUUCCCACCCUAAGGCGUGCAGAGUUCCUCCUAUGACCAUCUCUCCCCCCAAACAGAGCCCUGCAGAGUUAUCCCAGCCAUUUCCCAGCCCAAAAGCUUCAAAAGAUUCGUCCCUCACCAGCCCAAUUCGACCCAGUAAGCGAAGCCUCGUGGAAGCCGAUAGCGAGGAAGUCCCAGAAAGGAAAGUCCGUGUGGUGACACCAAUCCACCCUGCUGGCGCAAUUCGACGCAGCGACCCAGAAGAGCUAAAACCAGCUGAGCCGGCCCACGGCGUUCACCUCAACAACCAUCUUCCUGAGGGCCACCCAACAACUACCUACCCCCCACACCACGCCUCACCCCUCUACACUGCCAUGUACCCACCCGGCAGCCUGGUCUCCCCAGGAGACGGGCUCCAGCAGCACCCGGGUCUGCAGUACCUGAAGAGCCAGUCAGCAGUGUCUCCCCUCAUGCCCCCGUUAGCCUUUCACUCCAUGAUGUUCCACAGGCAGCUGCUGGCCAGCCCCAGCCCACACCCCUUCUACAGGCACCCGGGCGGGGCAGCACUGUACGGGGACCUGCUGCACCACCUGUACCCUCUCUCCACCCUCCCACCACCUCAGCUGUCCUCGGUACACCCCAGCACCAGACUGUGAGGGAGAGAGGAGGAUUAUAUUUCUCCCUCUCCUUCUUUAUCCUUAGAAACUUUUUCAGCUUCUCUUUGUUUUUCGGUCUCUCUUGCUCGGGGAUUGUGGCUCAGUCGAAAAUAAACACUGAAAAAAACUUUGGCUUUGACUGAUAAACUCAUCAUUUAGGCAGACUGAAAAUUCCAUUUUCUUUUUUAUUUGUGUAUGCAUUUGUUUAUAUACUUUGCACUGUUCUUUAUUUUUAUCACCACUUACUGUAUCUUUUUGUUGUUGUUGUUGUUGUUGUUGUUGUUGUUGUAUCCUUAUUUGCACAAUGCUCCUGUGUAUGUGCUCACAAAUCAGUUUGCCGCUCUCAGUCACCAUGAGUCAGGUUGUUGCUCUGAAUGUGUGAAAAGUGGAGGGCAACAGGGAAAAGCCAUUUGUUUACUGCGUCUGAGGGCUAAACUUUUUUGCUUAAAAACACUACAAGUAACAUGACAAUGUUUAUGAAAUUCUUUGUUUAACUAGAGGUGCGUUCACCAUCGCAAACAAUGUUUUUCACAGCUGUUUAGUGCAUUAUUACACUUUAGGCAGCCAGUGGUGUUGGAUCUGUUUACAUGUCUCCACGCUGAAAGCUGUUGCCAGUUUGUGCCACAGUAAAUUCACCUGGACUCCUUGGCAUGGACAUUAACACUUACUGCGGUGCUGAAUAACAUGAAAGUGUUUUAUCAUAACAUACAGAGGUGCUGUGUAUAACAUGUACUGUUGACUCACGUUUUACUCAGUUCAGGUUUUGAUUUGUUAAAUAUUUCAGUCCAGAUCAUAAGCAACAUAAGCAGUUGUCAUGUUCAAUCUGUUGACGAAUCACAAAUGUUUUUUAGUUAGUUAAUGAAAAGCCGUUUUAAUUUUUACUUUCUAAAUUGAAAGUAAUUUGAUCCCAAAACCCCUUGUGAUGAGUAGACUGUAGCAUCUUGGUUUUUUUUUUCUGUAGGACCAGCAUAAUGAAGCAGCCGUCUGCUGUGGAAUGCUCACCACAAGAACUCAGCAUUUCAUCUUUUUGUUCUUGACUUGAAAAGCUUUUUUUUUUUUUUUUUUUU